AUGGCCCCCAAGAACAAGAAGUCCACCGACACCCUGGCCUCGCGCCUGGCCCUCGUCAUGAAGUCGGGCAAGGUCACCCUCGGUUACAAGUCUUCCCUGAAGGCUCUCCGCAUGGGUAAGGCGAAGCUCGUGCUCAUCGCCGCCAACACCCCGCCUCUGCGCAAGUCCGAACUCGAGUACUACGCCAUGCUGGCCAAGGUGUCCGUCCACCACUACAGCGGCAACAACAUUGAGCUGGGCACGGCUUGUGGAAAGCUUUUCAGGUGCUCCACUCUGGUUGUCUUGGAUGCUGGCGACUCCGACAUCCUGGUUGGUUCUUCGGCCUAA